UCAUCAGACCACAUCAGACUGACGUUUGCUGUCGAAAGAGUGUGUUGUGUGGCUGACCGCGCUCCCAAACUCAGUUUCCCGCGUCUUGUUUUAUUCUCAUACUACGCGCUAUUUAUUUCUUUAAAAAUAACUCACACCGUGCUAAUUUGUGUUCCAAAUUGUGCAUAUCUAUACAGUGUUUUAUACGGAAAUACUGAGAACGUCAUGAAGCGGUAGAACCAAGGCAAAACCAGUCAGUUGCUUACAAACCACAGAGUAGAGAAGUCAGAGUUUUAAAAUGGGGAGACUGCAGAAAUGCUGUUGCUGCGCCUCAACAAAGACGGGUACACUGAUCACCGCAGUGUUAGGCAUCAUCUUGUCUAUAAUCACCAUAGUCCUCGUGUGGGUGGUGAACAGACACGAAAUAUCCUUCAGAACCUUCAUAUUCGCUGAAGAGUUUGAUAAAAAACUGGCAGCAUUAGACAUUCCGAGAAUAAUCCUGACAAUUAACUUAUGUUUCACAAUUUUGAUUUGUUUCCUACUUAUCGUCGCAGUACAUAAGCGACGGUCAUGGCUUAUGCUGCCAUGGGUGGUGCUGGGCAUCGUGCUGGCGAUCGGACUCCUAAUCAGCGUGUUGCACACCGCCAUCACCUACUACCUGGAUGACCAGGACCACGUCAUUCUCGCUACAGCCAUACUCGUCGGCGGUUUGCUCUACUUGUGUCUAUACCUAUACUUAUGGGCGGUUGUCUUCAGUCACUACCUGGACGUACGUGAUGAGGAAGAACGAGGCAGAUACACAAAAGCUCCGUACAAACGAUAGGAAAUCAACGAAUAGAAUAACUGGUUUAAUUUGUACAUAUUUUACUUGGCUGUACAAAACACUUGUUGUCUAGAGUUUCAACUUCCAA